AUGAAAGAGAAAAAGAAGAAUGCAGCAAAGGAUCAAGUUAAAGAAAAUAAAGAAAAUAAAGAAGAUAAAGAAUGUGACAUCACUAAAGAUGAAGAUUCAGAAGAUGAGGAAGAGAUAGGAGACGAAUAUUACAAGAAUAGUGUUGAGAAGAAACAGAAUAAUCAGUCAGAAGAAAGAAUAGAAGAUACAGAAGACAGAAUAGAAGAUAGAAAUACAGAAGAAAGAUUAGAUGAUACAGAAGAGUCUGAAGAUAUAUCUACACAUAUAGAAGAAGAAAAGGAAGGAGUUAUAGAAGUUGAACUUCCCACAGAAGAAAAUAUAUGUACAACAUCUUAUGAUCCUGACAUAGAAGGGGCAACUACAGAGGAUAUACAAGAUGAUACAGAUCAACAUGAUGUAACAGCAGAAGAACAAGCAGAUGAUAUAGAAGGAGAAACUACAGAAAGUGUAAGACCUCGGCCAAGACCUCGUCAUAGUAUAGCAACAAGUCCAACUCCAACCCCAACACCUAGAACAUCAAGAAGAGAGAAGAGAAAACCGAAAUGGCAAGAAGAGUUUUACAUGUAUCAGAUGGUGCCAAGACCUUAUGACUCCAAAUUGCAAGCAUUAGAUAUCUUGAUGAACUCUGGAGUACUUAACAGAAUUGACAUACAAGUAGCUCAACAAAUUUUGGAUACCCUCUCUGAGAAGAAGUCAUAG